GAAGAUGGAACCGAUAGUGGAGUGUAUUUGGAUGUGAAUAUCAUGUGGAAACAUGGCCUCCCCAGUGUUGCAACCAAACAUGCUCCAAAAUCUUCAUCAGUUGAGGCAGAAGCGGAAAAGAUCCCAGAAAAAUCUUCCGCCACUCCUACGCGACCAGCAAUCGUGCAAGAAUUAGUGAAAAUUCGGAAAGAUAGCUCAUCGAAUGAUUCGAAUGAUGACGUCUUCUCUCCUGUUUCUGUUAAAAGUUCCAAAAUUCCAUCGGUUACGGAGAUCACACAAAAGGAAGGUGGAACGGAACGAGAAGACAUUGAGACAGUGUCACUGAAGGAUUCUUCACGAGCCUCAAAUACUCCUAUGGCACAGAGUACUGCACAAGAAGAAGAAGAUCGAAAGUCGUUGCUGUCAAGCUCUCGUAGCGAAAAUGAAAGUCUUGGUAUUGGACGUUCGAGCUCAUCCGAAUCCGCAGCAAGUGUGCUUUCGCAAGGAGAAAGAGUACCACCAACUGUUGCUGCAAGUCAAAAUUCAGACGACCUUACACCGAGAGCCCUAUCAAAGCUAGAAAAGGACAAGAACGAAUUAAGAACUCUUCUUGGCGAUCUACCUCCCAUUGCCAAGCCACGACUGUCAAAGGUGACAUUUAAACUUUGUGAAAACGAAAAUUGUUACCGGUAA